AACCACGCAGCAAACAUUGUGAAUGACAAAACGGUAGAAGUGUAAAAAAAAGAAUAGUUAAAAUUUGCAAUUUGUGUCAAAAGCAUCGAAUUGGCUGCCGCAACAAAACGACCGGUACUCGUACCAAAACGUUAAAUUCAUUAAAUCAUAUAGCAAAAUAGUGAAAAUAUGAAUGUUCCUCCUAGCGCUGGCAAUGGCAAUGCAGCUAUACCGCAGCCGAUGCCGCCAGCAGCAGCCGCCGCUGCCGCAGCCGCAGCAGCUGCAGCAAUGGGCGGCAUGGGAUACACACAUCCUCACACGCCGGGCAUGGUUCCAGUGCCACCAUUUAACUUGCCUCCGCCAGGCUUCGGAGCGCCGCCGCCACCCGAACUGGCAGCUGCAUUCGGUGCCCUUGCCUCGAAUACGGAGUGGACGGAACAUAAAGCGCCGGACGGACGUCCGUAUUACUAUAAUCAAAAUACAAAACAAAGCUCGUGGGAGAAACCGGAGGCGCUGAUGACACCUGCCGAGCUGCUACAUAAUCAAUGUCCAUGGAAGGAAUAUCGGUCAGAUGCUAACAAGGUUUACUAUCACAAUGUGAGCACCAAGGAAACGUGCUGGGAGCCACCGCCGGAAUAUUUGGAUAUGAAGGCUAAAGCUAAGGCGGAGGAAGCAGCAGCAGCGGCUAAAGCUGUGGCUGCUAUGACCUCGUCCAGCUUGACUGGCAUGGUACCACACGUGGCAUUGGCCAAUAUACUGCCUGCAGCAUUGCCCACAGUGCCGCGAAUACCCACGCCGGAAAUUCACUCGCCUCUGACUCCGAGUAGCAAUGAAAAUAGUUCUUCAGCCAUGGAUCAGGCAAUGGCUGCCACGUUAGCAGCCAUCGAGGUCCCACAGCAGAAUAAUAAGAAAGAUGAUAAAAAUGGCACCGAAAAUAACACCCUUGUCUUCAAGGAUAAGCGCGAGGCAAUUGAGGCAUUCAAGGAGCUUCUGCGCGAUCGUAAUGUACCAUCCACUGCUAACUGGGAUCAGUGUGUGAAGAUCAUAUCCAAAGAUCCGCGAUACAAUGCCUUCAAAAAUCUUAACGAACGCAAACAAACCUUUAACGCCUACAAAACACAAAAGAUAAAAGAUGAACGCGAGGAAUCGCGAUUGCGUGCUAAGAAAGCGAAAGAGGAUUUGGAACAGUUUCUCAUGUCGAGCGAUAAGAUGAAUUCGCAAAUGAAAUACUUUCGCUGCGAAGAGGUGUUUGCCAACAAUCGAACUUGGACAGCAGUGCCCGAACAGGAUCGGCGCGAUAUAUAUGAGGAUUGCAUCUUCAAUUUGGCCAAGAGAGAGAAAGAGGAGGCUCGCUUACUAAAGAAAAGGAAUAUGAAGGUGCUCAGCGAGCUGCUGGAAUCAAUGACCUCCAUUACGUACACCACCACAUGGUCAGAAGCGCAGGUUAUGCUUCUGGAUAAUGCAGCAUUUAAAAACGAUGUGACGCUGCUUGGCAUGGACAAAGAGGAUGCGCUCAUUGUGUUCGAGGAACAUAUUCGCACACUGGAAAAGGAAGAGGAAGAGGAACGGGAAAGGGAAAAGAAAAGGUUAAAGCGGCAACAGCGUAAGAAUCGUGAUGCUUUUCUCGCAUUGCUCGAUUCCCUUCACGAAGAGGGAAAGCUCACCUCCAUGUCGUUGUGGGUAGAACUAUAUCCCAUUAUAUCGGCCGAUAUACGAUUCUCUGCUAUGUUGGGUCAAAGUGGAUCUACUCCUUUAGAUCUAUUUAAGUUCUAUGUAGAGAAUUUGAAAGCUCGCUUCCAUGAUGAAAAGAAGAUCAUACGUGAGAUACUCAAAGAGAAGCAAUUUGUAGUGCAAGCGAAAACAUCCUUUGAGGACUUCGCCACCGUCGUGUGCGAGGACAAACGAUCCGCCACCCUGGAUGCGGGCAAUGUGAAGCUCACCUAUAACGCGCUGCUGGAAAAGGCCGAGGCCAUUGAAAAGGAGCGCAUGAAGGAGGAAGUAAGACGUUUGCGUAAAUUAGAAAAUGAAAUCAAAAACGAAUGGUUGGAGGCGAAUGUCUCGGUCAGCGAGCCCUACGACAGUGCCAAAAAGCUGGUCGAGCAUUUAGAAGCUUUUGCCUUGUAUGAAAAAGAAAUUGGCGUGGAAAAGAUUUGGGAGGACUUUAUCAAAGAGAGCGAAGAUGCCUGUAGUCACCAUCAUUCGCGCUCGCGUAAAUCCAAAAAGAAUAAAAAGCAUAAAAAACGUGUUAGGUCUACGUCUAGAUCAGAUAUUGAAAACGAGCUGGUUGAACUGGAAAAAUCUAAGAAACGACGUUCCAAAUCACGCUCCAAUUCGCUUAGUUCAAUUGGCAGCAUUGAGAGUGAAAAGCUGUUAAAGAAGAAGAARAAACGCAAGAACAAAUCCAGAGCCUCAUCUUGCGAAUCGGACUUGAUCAAUCAGUCGCCCCUCAAUGCUGCCGCCCUGCAGCAAAAUGAUUCAAAUUCCCACUCGCCCGCUAAAAAGAAGAAAAAAGAGAAGCGCACCAAACGGGACAAGGAAAGCAAACAACGGCAUCAGAACAAUCGUUCAGUGACUCCGCUCAGUCCUGCAGCUCAAUCUGAUUCGGCGACAUCUAGAAAUGAGGAGCUGACGCUGAGUGAUGGCGAACUGGAAUCCAAGCGUGCAGCGCUGCUGGCCCAGCUCAAUGAGCAUCUGGACGAAUGACCAAGAUAUUAUAGAUAAACGGACCACAACACCAGUUAGCGUAGUUAGCUAUGGCCAUAAAUAGAUACGCAAGGAGUUCGUGCGCCUAGUUGUAUAAGUUGUAUAAAAGAUACGUUCAUUCAGCUACAGCUACAUAUAUAGUUUGUAAAUGCUAUAAUGUAUUUGUACUAUCGCACAGCUCCUCACUUGCUUUGCUCGGGAAUCCUUUUUUGGCCACCUGUCGCAACACACAACAGGCAACAACAGAAUAUGUAAGUUUUUUCAUCAGCGCUAAGUUUUAUUGUAAAGAAAUUUGAAUAAUAAUAUGAUCAUUUUAUAAGACAUCAAGCAAAAGAAAUAAUAUUCGCACUUUGUGUGAACAACAAAACGAA